UGUGCUGCCUUGUGGGAAGACUAUGAACGGGACGCGGAACUGGUGUACCCUAGUGGACGUGCAUUCUGAGGGGCAGACCGCGGGCAUGGACAUUCUCAGGCUGACUCUCCAGAGUGAACUGACAGGAGACGAACUUGAACACAUAGCCCAGAAGGCGGGAAGGAAGACCUAUGCCAUGGUAUCCAGCCGAUCAGCUGGCCAGUCUCUGGCUUCGGAACUAGUGGAGUCCAAUGAUGGACAUGAGGAGAUCAUUAAAGUGUACUUGAAAGGGAGGUCUGGAGACAAGAUGAUCCAUGAGAAGAACAUUAACCAGCUGAAGAGUGAGGUGCAAUACAUCCAGGAGGCUAGGAGCUGCCUGCAGAAACUACGAGAAGAUAUAAGUAGCAAACUUGACAGAGAUCCAGGAGAUUCUUUCCAUCAACAGGAGAUACAGGUGGUUCUAGAAAAGCCGAAUGGUUUUAGUCAGAACCCCUCGACCUUCUGUAGCAGCCCUGAGGUGGACACCUAUCUGAAUGAAGACGCUGAGAGCUUGAGGAAGACCGUGCGAGACCUGCUCGCCAAGCUGCAGGAGGUGGAGCAGCAGCGGCAGUCAGACCGGCUGGCUUUUGAAGUCACGCUCAACCGGUACCAGAGAGAAGCAGAAGAGAGUAACGUGGCCCUUCAGAGAGAAGAGGACAGAGUGGAGCAGAAAGAGGUGGAAAUCGGAGAGCUGCAGAGGCGCUUGUUAGGGAUGGAGACGGAGCAUCAGGCCUUACUGACGAAGGUCAGGGAAGGGGAGACGGCUUUGGAGGAACUUCGCACCCAGAGCGCUGACUGCCUAGCAGAACAGGAAAAGGCUGCUAACCUGGAAAAGGAGGUGGCUGGGUUACGAGAGAAAAUUCACCAACUGGAUGACAUGCUUAAGAGCCAGCAGCGCAAAGUCCGGCAAAUGAUAGAGCAGCUGCAGAAUUCAAAAGCAGUGAUCCAGUCAAAGGACACAGCCAUUCAGGAGCUCAAGGAGAAAGUGGCCUAUCUGGAGGCAGAGAAUUUAGAGAUGCACGACCGGAUGGAACACCUGAUAGAAAAACAAAUCAGUCAUGGUAACUUCAGCACCCAGACCAGGGCCAAGACAGAGAACCAGGGCAGCAUUAGGAUAUCCAAGCCCCCCAGCCCUAAGCCCAUGCCUCUCAUCCGAGUGGUGGAAACAUGA